AUGAAGAAGAUGGAUAAAGUCAUACAAACUAUCCAUAUAGGUAUUGUUGUUGCCGAGUUUCUUCAAAAGACUAAACGUAAUCUACAGGCAAUUAAGUUAUGCGAGGAAUGCUUGCUUUUAUUGAACAACUCGGCAAUGGGUAUGGAAGAUCGGAUCCCCAGAACGUUUUAUGCAAAGAGCAAUUUAACAUUGUUACAUGCAUAUUCCGACAUGUCUGAUGACGCAAACGCAGAAAGAUACGCCAGAAAACUUCUCUCCAUGUCCCAUGACUUUGGUGACACAAAAGGAGAAGGGUUCUUUAUGCUAACACUAGCAAUGAUAAACAGCAGGCAAAGAAAGUUUAAAGAAGCAAAAAAACUUUAUGAGAGGGCAAUCGGAAUCAUGAAAGCAACUGGAGAAAGAAAAUUAGAGGCCCUUGGUUACUUUGCUGCAGGAGAUCUUUUGGAAUCACUUUAUGAAUAUCAGAAGGCUAAAGAAUAUUUCGAGAAAGUACUUGCAAUCAACAUGGAAAUUGGUGACAAGAGAGGAGAAGCAGGAAGCUACGGAAACCUAGGAACUGUGUCAUGCUCACUCGGUGAACUUCAGAAGGCUAAAGAAUAUUUCGAGAAAGCACUUGCAAUCAUCAUAGAAAUUGGAGAUGAGGAUGCACUGGCCUGGACCUGCAUAAGCCUGGGAACUGUGUUACAACCACUCGGUGAUUGUCAGAAGGCUAAAGAAUAUUACGAGAAAGCACUUGCCAUCAGCAUGGAAACUGGUGAUAAGACUGUACAGGUAGUGACCUGCAGAAACCUAGGAAAUGUGUUACACUCACUCGAUGAACAUCAGAAGGCUAAAGAAUAUUACGAGAAAGCACUUGCCAUCAGUACGGAAAUUGGUGAUAAGCAUGAACAAGCUUCGAACUGCAGAAACCUAGGAACUGUGUUAAGCUCACUCGAUGAAUAUCAGAAGGCUAAAGAAUGUUACGAGAAAGCACUUGGCAUCAGCAUGCAAAUUAAUGAUAAGAGAGGACAAGAAAGCAGCUACGAAAACCUAGGAUUUGUCAUGGAAAAUGGUUAUAAGAGAGGAGAAGCAGCCAACUGCGCAACCCUGGAAAAUGGUUAUAAGAGAGGAGAAGCAGCCAACUACGUAACCCUGGGAAAUGUGUUAACCUCACUCGGUGAAUAUCAGAAGGCUAAGGAAUAUCUCAAGAAAGCACUUGCCAUCUCCAUAAAAAUUGGUGAAAAGAGUGGGGAGGCAUGGAUCUGCCGAAGCUUACAAAAAUUGCUACGCCAACUCGGUAACUAUCAGAAGGCUAAAGAAUAUUCCGAGAGAGCACUCGCCAUCCACAUAGAAAUUGGUGACAAGGGAGGAGAAGGAAACGACUACCUUAACCUAGGAUCUCUGUUGCUACCUUUUGGUAAAUUUCAUAAGGCUAAAGAAUAUUACGAGAAAGCACUUGCCAUCUACGCAGAAACUGGCAAUAAAAAAGGACACCUCUGUUGUUACGUGGGCCUUGGAUUGACACUUUGUGAGCUUGGAAAAUGUCGAGACGCAAAGGAAUAUGGUGAAAAAGCUCUUUCUAUCGCUACAGAAAUCGGUGACCGAGAAUGUCAUGCAAAAGCUUUGAAUAUCUUAGGCACAGUAUUUGAAAAACUUCAUGACUAUCAAAGGGCUAAAGAAUAUUAUGAGAAACAACUUGCUAUCAGCAGAAAACACGUCAGUAGAGAAAUCGUGGCAAAAAAUUGCCAAGAGCUGGGAAAAGUCUUUCUUAUGCUUGGAGAAUAUGAAAAAGCCAACGAAUACCUUGGAAAAGCUCUCGCGAUAAACUGCGAGAUUGGAGACAUAUUGAACGAGUUUUACACCCUGCUCAGUUUAUCGGUUUUGAGGAUACAGCAGUCAAAUUCCCCGGAAGCAUUUUUUUAUCUUUAUCAAAGUAUCGCUAAAUAUGAAACAUUGCGGAAUUUUCACCGGGAAAAUGAAGAUUUUAAACACAGUCUUCUAGAAACGGUUGGAGCUGUGCCUUUCGAGAUAUUCAGAAUACUGCUCUGUACUGCUGGAAAUCCUCAAAAGGCACUUUAUGUUGAGGAGCUUCGACGGGCUAGAUGUCUGGCAGACCUAAUGGAACGAAACUUUUCCGUUGAAAAUCACAUCUCAGCUGAUCUGAGAUCAUGGUUUGGGAUUGAAGAGAUUGUGAGCAAAGAACGUAAUUCUGCAUUCCUGUACAUUUCGUUUGAUACACGAGACGUCUCUCUCUGGGUUUUGAAAGCAAACGGAGACACUUUGUUUCGAAAAGCCGAAAAUGUCGACGACGAAACUCUCAUGGAUGAGAAAGCUUUUGAUUUGAAUAGUUAUUUCAACAAAAGUAUCCGCGGCUUUGGCGUUUUACCCCAACAGAAAUGCGAGGAUCGGUCUUUCAACGAAUCUUUGCAGAUUUUACUUCACGAUGAAAGCGAAGCAGAUUUGAGAGGCGAACAAGCUGAAGACACUGAAAGAAUGCUUUCUGUAUGCUUCAAACUGAUCAUCGCUCCAGUGGCAGACCUACUCACCGAGCCAGAAAUCAUCAUUGUUCCCGAACGUAGCUUGUAUCGAGUCCCAUUUGCAGCCUUACGCGACCAACCAGGCGGAAAGUCUUUAUCAGAGACCUUCAGGCUCCGCAUCGUCCCUUCUUUGACGACUUUAAAGCUCAUUCAGGACUGCCCAGUAGAUUAUCACAGUCAGACAGGUGCACUGGUUGUGGGAAAUCCCAAGGUGGGCAGGGCGCGUUACAGGGGAGAUAUCCAUGACUUCAUACCACUGGCCUGUGCGGAAAAGGAAGCAAAGAUGAUCGGGCAACUGUUGGGUGUUCAGCCAUUGUUAGGAGAGCGUGCCACAAGAGAGGCGGUACUUCAAGAAAUAAGUUCAGUGAGUCUGAUUCAUAUUGCUGCUCAUGGUAAAGCCGACAGAGGCGAGAUUGCCCUUUCCCCUAGCCCUGCUACGAGUAAUAUCUCAGAAGAAAAAGACUACCUUUUGAGGACCUCUGAUAUUUUACAGGUUAAAGUACGAGCCAAGCUUGUAGUGCUCAGCUGCUGUCACAGUGGGCGUGGAGAGAUCAAAGUCGAGGGAAUCAUUGGAAUAGCUCGCGCGUUUUUGGCAUCCGGUGCACGUUCAGUGCUGGUGACACUGUGGGCCAUAGAGGACGAGGCAACAGAGCAGUUCAUGAGGCAUUUCUACAGACACCUUGUCGACGGAUUUAGUGCCAGUGAAUGUCUUCACCAGGCCAUGAAGAGGCUGAGGAAAAUCGGCUACACCAAAGUUUCCCAGUGGGCUCCGUUCAUGCUGAUUGGAGACAACGUGACAUUUAACUUUAAGGAAGAAAGGAAGGACGAAUUGGAAGAGGAAUGAAGCAUGAAGCCUAAAGGGAACAUUCAGCAGAGCUUUUAGUUAAUUCUAUUGCUGAUCAUGAAC